UACAAGACAACGGUGUUGCCGUUAACGUUAAUUCCCCCAAAAUUUUCCCUCCAAAAUCGAAGCCCCUCCAAAAACACACCCAAUUCCCUCCAAAGUUCACUUUCAAACCCUAAAAUCAAAAUUCAAAUAUUCAUUUUUGCGUAUUUAUUUCGAACAUGGACGCUCCCUUUCCAUCUCCACCAACGCACUACUCGUUCUAUCGACCCCUUCAACGUCUUCAAGUUCCCCCAAUUCCCAUUUCUCAAAGGUCCCGGAUUUCGUCUCUCGACCACUGCGGCACUGCUUCCAUGGCCUCCUUCAAGUCCUCAAUUUCCAUGAACAACAGCUGUGAUCUUCAUGGCCGGACUUCCGGCGAAGUCCAUGUCAUCGUGGGCCCCAUGUUCGCUGGCAAAACCACCGCUCUGCUCCGCCGGAUCAAGUCCAAGGGCAGCACUGGCAGCAAUAUUGCAAUAAUAAAAUCAAGCAAGGAUACAAGAUAUGCUAUAGAUUCAGUCGUGACGCAUGAUGGGAUGAAAUUUCCUUGCUUGGCAUUGCCAGAUCUGUUGUCGUUUAGACAGAAGUUUGGAGAUGAUGCUUAUGAAAAGCUGGAUGUAAUUGGUAUUGAUGAAGCUCAAUUUUUUGAGGAUCUCUAUGAUUUUUGCUGUAAGGCUGCCGAUCAUGAUGGGAAAACUGUAAUUGUUGCAGGCCUGGAUGGGGAUUACUUGAGAAGGAGCUUUGGCUCAGUACUUGACAUAAUACCCCUUGCGGAUUCUGUAACCAAGUUGACGGCUCGUUGUGAAAUCUGUGGCAAACGAGCUUUCUUUACUUUGAGAAAGACAAAAGAGACACAGACGGAACUUAUUGGUGGGGCUGAUGUCUACAUGCCUGUCUGUCGCCAGCACUAUGCCAAUGGACAAGUUGUCAUGGAAGCAGCAAGGAAUGUUCUUGAAUCCUACAAAGUUAAGAGUGAUUCCUUUAUUGAGGCAACUUCAGUUGUUCAGUAACAUAUAUGGCUUGUUUAAAGCUCCCUAUAUUUCUCUUGGCUCAUAUUUUUUCAGUCAGUUGUCUGGAUGAGGAAUUUGGACAUUUUCAUUUGAAGUUUUCCUGUUGUUAUGUAUAUGGGAUAGAGUUAAAUCCACUUAUUAGUGGAGAUGUAUUUUAUUAUGUUUAGCACAAAAAGUCAUGUUCUUCCAUUUGUUAUGAUAACUCAUUCACUAUGAUGUUGGUUUAAUGAGUUGAUAGAGAGGUCCUAUUGUCUUGCUCCA